ACUUUUAUGUUUUCUUGAGCAAUCAAUAUGCAAAACUGAUCUGAUCCAGCUGUGUGAGUCUCACAAGCAUUUAAGUUCAUCUUUAUUUUUUUUAAUUUUUUGAGUCGUGUUGAAGUUGUUUGAGCAAUUUGUUGUCAAAAACUUCAAAAAAAGAGACGCAUACUGCAAUAGACUUUUUGUCUUUGUCAGAAUUGAUUGACACUGUUGAUACCACAAAUGGACGAACUAGACAUGAUUCCAUGAGUCUUGUUGGACCUGCUUGUCUCUCGCUGUCAUAAAAACAUUCAGUGCCUGUUUUUCUUUCACAAAGUUAACCCUCGGACAAACUCAGAGAAUUUCUUAACUCAAGACAUUUUGAUUAUGAUGGAACUGCAACAUGUGACAGUACAGCCAGCCAUGACUGACAGCUCACACAGAAGUCUCUAGUAAUGCCAUAACUAGCGGUAUGGCUGGACUCAAGUACUGAACAGAGCAAGAAAUCCUCAUGUCCACAUAAAUCAGAUUCAAACUCUCAAAAAAUCGGGCAUACCCAGGAUAGCCCUGAGAUUUCUGUGAAGCUGUUUGCCAAGGUCCUCAGCUAAAACUCUUUUUAUUUUACUCAUGCCUGCGCAUGGUGCAAGGAUGCCCCAUAACGCUGCCCGCUGUUCUUGAGAAAGAGAGCAAGGAGGAGGAGAGAAAGGGUAGGAAAUGACAGAGUGCCUGACAGAAUGCAAAGCGCUGGUGACUCCGUCCACGCGCAACGGCCACCGUGUCUUCAGCUACACGCUAGAAAGCCACACGGCAGCUGCCUUCGCCAUCAUGAACGAGCUGCGUUUGGAGCGUCAGCUCUGCGACGUGACGCUGCGUGUGCGCUACAAAGACCUGGAGGCGGUGGACUUUGUGGCUCACAAGGUGGUGCUGGCCUCUUCCUCCCCGGUCUUCAGGGCCAUGUUCACCAAUGGCCUGAAGGAGUGUGGCAUGGAGUUGGUGCCCAUCGAGGGGAUCCACCCCAGGGUGAUGGACAGACUGAUAGAGUUUGCCUACACGGCCAGCAUUUCUGUGGGGGAGAAGUGUGUGAUCCACGUGAUGAACGGCGCGGUCAUGUACCAGAUAGACAGCGUUGUCAAAGCCUGCUGCGAUUUCCUGGUCCAGCAGCUUGACCCCAGUAACGCCAUCGGCAUCGCCAACUUCGCAGAGCAGAUUGGCUGCACGGAGCUCCACCAGAAGGCUCGUGAAUACAUCUACAUGAACUUCAGCCAGGUGGCGACCCAGGAGGAGUUCUUUAACUUGUCCCACUGCCAGCUGGUAACCCUCAUCAGCCGCGAUGAGCUCAAUGUGCGCUGUGAGUCCGAAGUCUUCCAGGCAUGCGUGGCCUGGGUGCGCUACGACCGAGAGAACCGGCGACCAUACGUCCAGGCCUUACUCCAGGCUGUCCGCUGCCAUUCCCUUACCCCCAACUUCCUGCAGGCUCAACUCCAGUCUCUGGACUGGGACCCACAAUGUAAAGACUACCUUGCCCAGAUCUUCCAGGACCUCACCCUCCACAAACCCACCAAAGUCUACUCUUGCCGAACCCCCAAGGUGCCGCAGCUCAUCUACACAGCAGGGGGCUAUUUCCGUCAGUCCCUCAGCUACCUGGAGGCGUACAACGCCUGUACGGGAGCCUGGCUGAGGCUAGCUGACCUGCAGAUACCCCGCAGUGGCCUGGCAGCCUGUGUGAUCAGCGGGCUUUUCUACGCUGUUGGUGGAAGAAACAACGCACCUGAUGGCAACAUGGACUCGAAUGCAUUGGACUGCUACAAUCCCAUGAACAACUGCUGGCUGCCGUGUGCACCGAUGAGCGUUCCCAGGAACCGAAUCGGAGUUGGUGUCAUUGACGGCAUGAUAUAUGCAGUUGGUGGAUCGCAUGGGUGUAUUCAUCAUAAUAGUGUGGAACGGUAUGAUCCAGAAAGGGACCAGUGGCAGCUGGUGGCUCCCAUGUUGACACGACGUAUCGGUGUGGGUGUAGCGGUCAUCAACCGGCUGCUUUACGCGGUGGGGGGGUUCGACGGGGCCAAUCGGCUCAGUUCCUGUGAGUGCUACAACCCAGAGAGGGACGAGUGGAAGACCAUGGCCUCCAUGAACACAGUGCGCUCUGGAGCUGGCGUGUGCUCUCUGGGGAAUCAGAUCUUUGUGAUGGGUGGCUAUGAUGGCACCAACCAGCUGAACACAGUGGAGCGCUAUGAUGUGGAAACAGAUACGUGGAGCUUUGCUGCCUCCAUGAGGCACCGACGCAGUGCUCUGGGAGUCACUGCAUUACAUGGACGCAUCUAUGUCCUGGGAGGUUACGAUGGCAACACUUUCCUUGACAGCGUGGAGUGUUAUGAACCAGAAAAGGACACAUGGUCAGAGGUUACGCACAUGACGUCUGGGCGGAGUGGCGUUGGUGUGGCCGUUACCAUGGAGCCCUGCCAGAAAGAGCUGCCUCAGUGUCAGAAAUCUGAGAGAGAAAACGGCGCGACGUCACAGUCACCCAAUUCUGGGUUUGGCUCUCACCACAAUCAGCGGCACAGUGGGACUUUUGGUAAAGGCACAUGAGGUUCACAGCUGGACCCUCCCACUUACACAGGCACACACCUCAACUUACCUGAGUCUUCCCAAAUCAAAACAAAGACGCUGACAACCGAAUAGAAACAGACAGCCUAAACAUAAAAGUGCUGCCUCACUGAUUGUAGAGAUGUGAAUUAAAAAAAAUAAAUAAAAAUUUUGUAAUUCUAAUUUGCAAAUUCUGCAUUGAUACUCUACUGUAAGUCUGCGAAAAACUAGUUUAAGUAUCAGCAUUAGACCUGCUGAAUCAACUUUGACUCCCAGAUCUGUCAUUCCCGUUCUCAAGAGCUGGAAUAAAAUUUUUAAGUGGCAAGUUGUGUUCUGCCAGAUCGAACAGACCUCAGUCCGUCUGUUUAGGUCCAGCAUUCAAAGUUUGACCAUCACCUCCCAGAUCUGACCUAUGGGGGGAAAGGGCUGCCUAUUAAAAAAAAAAGGGCCAUUUAGUGGCUCAAAGAGUCAUCAGGGGCUCUUUAUUUAUAUUUAUAGAGCAACCCAAACAAAAGUUAAAUCUGAGGGGAGAAAAAAAUCAUUUUAAUUUUUUAUUAUUAUAAAAAAAAUAGGAAAAAAGUAGCAUUUGUCACUAUAGGCAGUAGAGUUCAAAGUGCCAUUACAAUGCCUGUGUGCAUUACUGUCAUCAGUAUAUUAUUUUGAGGUGCUUGUGUGUUGGAAAUGCACAGACUGUCACUGUGUGCUGUGGGAGUUGUUGAGGUGAACCCAGACCGCCAGAUUAAAUUUACUGAAGACAUUGAGCCUCAUGCAAGAACAUUUUUGUAUUCUUAUGCAAAAUUUCUACUACAGAUUUAACAAACCCUCUUCACUACACAUAAUCAUUUUGAACU